CUGGUGUGGUAGACUGGUACCAGGAGAGAAUCAGAACACAGGCUAAGAAGAAGCAGUCCGGCUCUCGCACUGUCAUUUCUCUCGGAAUCAAAUAUGUUGAGGUUGAAAUUGAAACGUUUAACAAUGAUUCAUCAGCUCCACACCACCGCCACUGGGGCUGCAGUUUCCAGUCUCCUCAGAGGAAAGCAUGAAGAAGAGAUUUCGUUUCUCCCUUCACAGAAGACCACCUAUCGCUCACUCGACAUCUACCAGAUCGGCAACAAAGCGGCCAUCGAGAAAGAACGGGCUAGGCUGGCAGUGCAGACGAAAUGAAUAGAGGAUACUUUGCUGACAUUUCUGAGCUCAAGAAACAUGGUGGUAAGAUUGCAAUGGCAAAUAAAAUUAUUAUUCCAGCGGUUGCAGCUGUUAAGUUUCCCACAAUAGAAGUUGACUCCUCAGAUGGUAGGAGUCUUAAACUACCCAUUGUUUCUGAAGGAAAUGAGGCCAAGGAAAAAUUGUCCGUCCCCGCAGCAUCCUUGCUGUGUCUUUCAUUUCGUGCGAACUCUCAGGCAAUGAUAGAUUCUUGGAGUACACCCUUCCUGAAUGCUUUUAGAGCUUCAAAAGAUGUCCAGAUGUAUGAGGUUUCAUUUAUUGACUCUUGGUUCUUAUCAUUGAAUCCGAUAAAACGGCUGCUUUUACGGGUAAUGCGGAAAUCUCAUAUCGAUGAAAGUAUCAACACCCUCCAAAGACAGAUCGUAUAUUCAUUUGGUGACCAUUAUUAUUUCAGAAAAGAGCUUAAGAUAUUGAACCUUCUUACUGGGUAUGUUUUCCUGCUGGACAGGUUUGGAAGAAUUAGAUGGCAAGGUUUUGGGUUGGCAACAGACGAAGAGUUAGCAUCUAUGCUUUCAUGCACAUCCCUCUUGCUAGAAGAGAAAUAGGAUAACUGUUUUGGAUAGUCCAGAGCUUAGUAUAUCUCUAAAGUAAUUGGAAGAGGAAAAAGCAGUUUGUCUUUUAUUCAAAUAAGAGAAGCAUCCUAUUUUUGACUGUCAAUGAUCGGAUCGUGGUCAAAUUAAUUGUUUGCCUCGUGUUUUUGGGAUGUCAUUGAUCACUCAAAGAUGUUUCUCUCUUGAUUCGCGUCUUGAGGUUACCUUGUUGAGAAAGAAAAGUAUAAAGUUUUAUAGAAUUGUUUUCUUUUUCUUUUCAACUUAAUGAAAGAUUA